AUGUCGACUACUCAGGAAGAAUCAGAUAAGGCUGCGCAGCCUACGAAUGAGACUUUGGUGCCGGACGCUGGAGCUCAAGAUGCUGCUGAAGCUACCGCGAGCUCUGAUGCGACACCGCCCAAGCCUUCACUCUGCGGCGUGUGCAAUGUAAACCCGCCCAAUGAGUAUACUUCCUUUUCCCUAUACCAACCAUUACGAGUCCUAACGAACCUAAGUUGCUCCGUUGCUUGCAACAAGACACAUCGCGAGAACCAUCCUCCUGACCCCGAGCCCGCACCCAAACCCGAGCAACCCCAACCGCAGCAGCAAUCCUCAGAACCGCGACAACCAUUCGACCCUUCAAACCCCUUCCGUGCUCUCGAAUCCUCCGACAAACUACGCCAGCUCUUCCAGAAAUAUCCCCACCUGCCCGACCAACUCCUUCAAAUCCACGCCGCUACCCUCCCACCACCCGAGACCAAGUCUGCCAUUCCUGCCUCCCUGCUCAAAGGCCUACCGCCAAGGAGAGAGACCUGGAACCACGACAUAGGAAUACAGAAUGGCAAGGAGGCUUUGCGCAGGGCCCGCCGCGCUGACGGCGAGGAGGGCGAUGCAAUUCGCGAGUACUCGGAGCUGAUACUGCAUCUCAUGAACACCGAUAACGCUCAAGCCGAUGUCGGCGACAUACUGCGCCAGCAACUCGCACAGGAGGAUACAAAGCUUAUCGAACGCUUAAUGGCACAGGAAAAGCGCUGA